AUGAGAUUGUGGCGGAGAAAGGCGUCAAUCCACGUUCGAUUCCGAAAAAAAUUCCUCGGUAUUGCCCUUUUAUUGACAUGGUUUUUCACGCCUACAAUGGCGUUGAGAUGUUUGAUUUGUCAAAACACACCCGAUUCCACAAUGCUCGAGCGUUUUCGAAUAACAACUAGAUUAAAUAAACCGAUCUGUCCGCUAGAACCGAUACAAUGUGAUCGAGAUCAAGAUGUUUGUGUGACCAUAACACAGCAUAUUGGGCAUGGCGAGUAUUGGAUUGGAUCGGGAUGCGAUCGAAGAACGAAUUUCCCCCAACUUUCAUGCCAUAACGUUCGCACACUGACAAAAUUAGUUCAAAUAGGAAACUAUGUUCAAGAGCAACGGCGGCUUCAAAGGGUGUGCGUCUGUGGCAGGGAUCUUUGUAAUUCUUCUAUAAAGUCUUCCGCAUUUUCCACUCUUUUUAUUAUUAUGCUUCUUUUCGUCAUAAAA